UUACCCCGCCCCUUCGCUCCGGGAUUCCUGGGUUGUUGACAUUACUGCCACGGGUCAGGAACAGUAAGGACGGACUCUUUCUGAACACGUAGCUACUAUUCAACUCAUUUUACAAUUAGAGGUCUUCUGUUUUUAGCGCACAGGGAAACUCGACUGCAGCACGACUUUGGAUUUGGAAAAGUAAGCCCCAAAGCAAAGACAACCCGCCAUCACCACCAGAAGACGGAAGGAAAAGUGAGGCUCCCACUUCCUGAGGUGUUAGUGACUGAUCUUCUGACACCAUGGACAUGGACUCCCAAUCACAAGGCCAGCAGGCAGCAGUACCCUCGUUCCAGCCACAGAAGCCGCUCCAGCCGGACAUGGGCCACAACUCUCUGGCUAACUUCCUGAUUGAGAAGAAGAUUGGGCGGGGCCAGUUCAGUGAGGUGUACCGGGCCAGGUACCUGAUGGACAACACCUCCAUGGCCCUUAAGAAGGUUCAGCAACUGAACCACCCCAACGUGAUCAAGUACCAUGCAUCAUUUAUUGAGGAGAACGAGCUGAACAUUGUGUUGGAGCUGGCUGAUGCUGGGGACCUCUCCCGGAUGAUCAAGCACUUUAAGAAGCAGCGGAGGUUGAUUCCAGAGAGGACCGUGUGGAAGUACUUUGUCCAGCUGUGCAGUGCGCUGGAACACAUGCACUCUCGACGGGUCAUGCACAGAGAUAUCAAGCCAGCUAAUGUGUUCAUAACUGCCACAGGAGUGGUGAAGCUGGGAGAUCUGGGACUGGGAAGAUUCUUCAGCUCCAAAACCACCGCUGCCCAUUCUCUAGUGGGCACCCCCUACUACAUGUCCCCAGAAAGAAUACAUGAAAACGGAUACAACUUCAAAUCUGACAUCUGGUCGCUAGGCUGCCUGCUCUACGAGAUGGCAGCUCUCCAGAGCCCGUUCUACGGUGAUAAGAUGAACCUGUACUCUCUUUGUAAGAAGAUAGAGCAGUGUGACUACCCUCCACUUCCAUCCGACCACUACUCUGAAGAGCUGAGAAAGGUGGUAGAUAUGUGUAUUAACCCCGACCCAGAGAAGAGGGCUGACAUCAUAUACGUGUAUGAUAUUGCCAAACACAUGCAACGCCAGACGCAGCUGGGCAGCUAAGUCUUCACCGGAGACACACUACGACCUGCACUCCUCCUCUCCUCUCCUCUCCUCUCCUCUCCUCUCCUCUCCUCUCCUCUCCUCUCCUCUCCUCUCCUCUCCUCUCCUCUCCUCUCCUCUCCUCUCCUCUCCUCUCCUCUCCUCUCCUCUCCUCUCCUCUCCUCUCCUCUCCUCUCCUCUCCUCUCCUCCCUCACCUCCACAGAAGGACAGGCAGAUAUCGAUGUUGUCUUUCACACAAUCAUUUAUUCAGAAGUUCAGUUGUUCCGAGGUCUCUGUAUUGUUAAGGUUGUUUUUGUUUAGGAGAAGGGAGUGCUGUCUGUAUGUCCCAGAUAUGUCCUGUAUCUAUUCCCAUUGAGCUUAAAGAUGGCUGCAGCUAAGAAUGUUCUGAUGGUGCCCCCUGCCCUGCCUGGCCCUGCCCUGCCCUGCAUGGCCCUGCCCUGCCUGGCCCUGCCCUGCCUGGCCCUGCCUUAGACCGCUGCGUCACUCGGGAGGCCCGGUCCUGACGUGGUUAAAUAGAAAUAGAGCAUAUGUAGUGUCUCCAUAUGUACACAGCCUGUAUCACAGAGGAAUCUGCAAUAUGAAUGUUUAGUGUUGUACUGUUAGUUAUUUUAGUACCAGAACAUCCUGUUAGAUGUAGUUUAUCUGGAGAGCUAUAGUAUCGAGAUCCAAUCAAAAAUACAGACGGAAAGAAGAAGAAGAAGAAGAAGAAGAAGAAAUGUAGUGUUUAGAUGGUUAAAUGUUGCUGUGUUGCACUUUGUACUGACAGGGUGGUGAUGAAUGUGUCUAGGAGGGGGGUGUCUUUUACCCCAAAGAGCAAAGAGAGAACUAGUGAAGAGGUAGGUAGAGGUAGAGAGAUGCUGCAUGUUAACACUGAGGUUAUACAUGUAUGUACUUGGUUGAAUGUAAUAAUGAUGUUAUAAGUUCAAAUAUAAAAGCUUUAUUUCCAUUUUUUAAAUGUAUUAUCAUUUUAUUUAGUUAAUUUAGCAGACACUCUUAUCCAGAGUAACUUUCGGGUGCAAUUAGGGUUAAAGUGCCUUGCUCAAGGGCACAUAGACAGAUGUCGGUUCGGGGACUGGCAUCAACUCUCUUAACCGCUAGGCUACCUGGCGCCCCUUUCUCUGGUUAGGGCCGUCCAUGACGAGACACCAAAUGCUACCUGAAGUACCUGGUGAUAGUUAUUAGUUGUAACUAACACUUUGAACCCAAAGAUCAGUCCUCUAUUUUAUAUUUUAGUUAUAGAAACUCUUCAACUUGGGAUAGCUAGCUAGUAGUCACCCAUUUUGUUUUGUUUAUUGGUGUGUUUUAGUUUUUUCAGGUGGUAGUAGGGUGGAGGAGAGAUGUCUAUGUUUAACAGUGAUUGUGUUUACACAUCAAAUCACCUUAGUGGUGUUGUGAUUGGGGAAAUGAACAAUAGUGAUAGAAUGCAGGAGAUACAGGAUAUUACACGACUUGUUUGACUCACUAUUGUCCCACCAACUGAUUGGCUGGUAUAUUCCAGUUCUAUGUCCCACCAACUGAUUGGCUGGUAUUUUCCAGUGCUAUUGUCCCACCAACUGAUUGGCUGGUAUUUUCCAGUUCUAUUGUCCCACCAACUGAUUGGCUGGUAUAUUCCAUGUCAAUAUUCAAUUUCUGUCUUUUACACACCAAAUCAUCUACAGUAGAAUAUUCUGUACACACCAUUCUAACACCCCCAAUGCCUUCCUUUCUCAGCUCUUCUCCCUGUGUCUGUAACUGAUGGAAAACCAGUUCAACAGUGAGGAAGCAUUGUUAGUUGAAAUAAAUUCCUUAUCAAUAAUGACCUGCUAUCAGAACAACACAUGCCUUAUCAAUAAUGACCUGCUAUCAGAACAACACAUGCCUUAUCAAUAAUGACCUGCUAUCAGAACAACACAUGCCUUAUCAAUAAUGACCUGCUAUCAGAACAACACAUACCUUAUCAGUAAUGACCUGCUAUCAGAACAACACAUACCUUAUCAAUAAUGACCUAUCAGAACAACACAUGCCUUAUCAAUAAUGACCUAUCAGAACAACACAUGCCUUAUCAAUAAUGACCUGCUAUCAGAACAACACAUGCCUUAUCAAUAAUGACCUGCUAUCAGAACAACACAUGCCUUAUCAGUAAUGACCUGCUAUCAGAACAACACAUACCUUAUCAAUAAUGACCUGCUAUCAGAACAACACAUACCUUAUCAAUAAUGACCUGCUAUCAGAACAACACAUGCCUUAUCAGUAAUGACCUGCUAUCAGAACAACACAUACCUUAUCAGUAAUGACCUGCUAUCAGAACAACACAUGCCUUAUCAAUAAUGACCUGCUAUCAGAACAACACAUGCCUUAUCAAUAAUGACCUGCUAUCAGAACAACACAUGCCUUGUCAAUAAUGACCUGCUAUCAGAACAACACAUACCUUAUCAGUAAUGACCUGCUAUCAGAACAACACAUGCCUUAUCAGUAAUGACCUGCUAUCAGAACAACACAUGCCUUAUCAGUAAUGACCUGCUAUCAGAACAACACAUACCUUAUCAGUAAUGACCUGCUAUCAAAACAACACAUGCCUUAUCAAUAAUGACCUGCUAUCAGAACAACACAUGCCUUAUCAGUAAUGACCUGCUAUCAAAACAACACAUGCCUUAUCAAUAAUGACCUGCUAUCAGAACAACACAUGCCUUAUCAGUAAUGACCUGCUAUCAAAACAACACAUGCCUUAUCAAUAAUGACCUGCUAUCAGAAUGUAUUUUACUCCCCAUCUUAUGGUCAGGGUUGGCUAGUUUACUUUCUAAAUGUAAUCCAUUUCUGCCAAACCUUGCUUAUGGUAAACAUUGCUAAGAUGAUAGCAGAUAACCAUUAUCUGAUCAAAUAAAUACAAGUUUAAGAGGA